AUGGAAUCUUUCGACGUCGAACAAAUUAUCGACAAACUUCGUGUCAAAGAGAAAGUACAAUUGCUAUCAUUAAAGGAUUUCUGGCACACAUACAAUGUUGAUAGACUUGAAAUACCUUCGGUGAGAUUGAGCGAUGGCCCAAAUGGCGUUCGGGGAACUAAAUUUUUUAGAUCUGUUCCUUCUGCUUGCUUCAGUUCGGGGACAGCAUUGGCUGCAACCUUCAAUGAGGAAUUGCUCGAGGAUCUGGGAAAACUCAUGGCCAAGGAAGCUCAUCAUAAAGGUGCCCAUGUGAUUCUUGGCCCCACGUGCAACAUUGCCAGGGGUCCCUUAGGUGGCCGGGGAUUUGAAUCUUUCAGUGAAGAUCCAUAUCUUUCAGGAAUUGCCGCUGCUGCUAUCAUUAAUGGAAUACAAUCUCAGGGUGUGGGGGCGACUAUCAAGCACUUCGUCUGUAAUGACAUUGAAAAUGAGAGAAACUCAAUUGACGUUAUUCUAUCGGAGAGAGCAUUGAGAGAAGUCUACUUGCUACCCUUCCAGAUCGCCAUCGCCAAAUCGAAACCAAAAUGCGUGAUGAGCUCCUACAACAAGGUCUCUGGGGAGCACGUCUCUCAGUCCAAGCGACUGCUGACCGAUAUCCUGAGAAAGGAGUGGGGUUGGGACGGAUUGAUUAUGUCAGAUUGGUUUGGUGUUUACUCGAUCAAAGCUUCCUUGGAUGCAGGACUCGACCUUGAGUGUCCGGGAUAUCCACUUAUGAGAAAGCAUGACGCCGUGAUGCAUGCUAUCGCAUCCAGAGAGAUUAGCAUGGAUGUAAUCGAUGAUAGAGUUCGAAACGUUCUAAAGCUUGUUAAACAAUCGAUUGAAUCCAAAAUCCAAUUUAAUGCCCCUGAAGACUCAAAGAACAACACACAGGAAACUUCCUCAGUUAUAAGAAAAGCCGCUGCUGAAGCAGUGAUUCUGCUCAAAAACGAAGAAUCAAUAUUACCUUUACAAAGAUCGGACAAGAUUGCAGUCAUUGGCCCAAAUGCAGCUACACCAAGGAUUUUUGGUGGAGGAUCCGCAUCAGUCAAUAGUUAUUAUGGAGUGUCGAUCUUGGAAGGAAUUAAGAGCAAAUUGGAAGACGCUCCGCCUUAUUCUUUAGGAUGUGAUAUUUCAAGAAACAUGAAUGACUUGGGAAAACUAUCGUCCUACGACGGGGAACCCGGAGUGUGGAUCAAAUCAUACAAAGAGCCUGCAGAUUAUCCACAUAGAACACUUCUUGAGGAGUUUAGACACGAGUUUUCAAACUUACUGCUAUUCGACUACGUUCACAAAGACAACGAUUCAUCACUGUUCUUCUUAGAUAUUGAAGGAGAGUUCACUUCACCAAAGACAAAUAACUACAAAAUUCACUUAUCUUGUCUUGGCACAGCAUUACUGUAUAUCGAUGGUAAGCUUUUUAUAGAUGACAAGACUCAUCAAAGGAUGGGAUUUGGAGCUAUCGGCGCGAAGUCUAGAGGUGAAACUAAAAGCAUCAAGCUCGAAAAGGGUCAGACAAUCAAGUACAAAGUGGAAUUUGGCUCUGCACAGACAUUCACUCUUGAAACUUUAGACUUAGUUGGAUCAAACGGAGGUGGGUCUCUCUCUUUGACAAUUGGCGAGGACAUCUCAGACGAAACUAGAAUCCAGGAAGCAAAAGAAGUUGCCAACUCAGCAGAUAAGGUAAUUUUGUGUGUCGGAACAUCUAACGAAUGGGAGAGCGAGGGAUUUGAUAGGCCAGACAUGGACCUACCUGGGUCUCAAAUCCAGUUGAUCGAAGAAAUUGUGAGUAUGAACAAGAAUGUGGUGCUGGUGAAUUUAUCUGGAACUCCAGUGACGCUUCCUUUUACCGAUCAGAUUCCUGCCAUAGUUCAAGGAUGGUUCAACGGAAUGGAAUCCGGAAACGCUAUUGCCGAUAUUCUCUAUGGAGAUACGAAUCCGUCAGGUAAACUACCUUUAACAUGGCCGAAAAGGUGUGAGGAUAACCCUGCUUUCUUGAAUUUCCACUCCGAUAAGGGAAAAGUGGUUUAUGGUGAAGAUGUGUUUGUCGGUUACCGUUACUAUGAGAAAACGAAGAAUCUACCACUAUUCGAUUUUGGCUUCGGUUUGUCCUACACAGACUUCAAGAUUUCAAAUCUCAGGGUUGAUACCGACAUUGAAACCUUGAAGUGCACGGUUGAUGUCCAGAACGUUGGCUUAGUAGAAGGAGCAGAAGUUGUCCAGCUCUACAUUGGAUCUUCGUCGAAUACUGUUGGAGUUUCUCGUCCAGUCAAGGAGUUUAAAGGAUGCAAAAAGGUGUUUUUAAAGCCUCAGAAGUCAGCUGAGGUCUCAAUCUCCGUUCCUAUCAAAUACGCUUGUUCAUAUUUUGAUGUGGAGCAUGAGAAGUGGUCUGUGGAGAAAGGGGAUUACUCUGUUUACGUUGGGAAUUCCUCCAAUUCCUCCAAGCUCCUUGUCUCCAAGAUUUCUGUUGCGCAACCUUUCUUAUGGGCUGGUCUAUAA